AGAGAGAGAGAGAAUCUGGUGGGCUUUGAGCUGUGAUUUAGCUGUCUUUUUGACGUAUAAUUUUUCUCUCACACACUCACACAUCUCCAAAGUCCCUAGAAAAAACCCCUCCCUCUUCUCCACUCUCCACACACCAUUUUCUCUCUCCUCCAAGAAACUCUCUCUCUCUCACACUUUCUCUCUGCAUUUCUUUUUUGCAAAUUCCUUUCCUCAGAUCUUAAACGUGGAAGAGCCACAUUUCUGCUAGAGACCCAUUUGGGGAUAUCAGAAGAAUAAGGAAGGGUAUUCAAUCCAAGAGGGAAAAAGACGAAAGGCAAAAAAGUGGCAUUCAGAGCAUCAGAUGUCUCAUGUGAGAUGAAGAAGAAGACCCACUCAAACCCUUCUUCUUGUUUUCUCUUCAAUCUCUCACCCCUCAUUGGUUCCUUCUUUUUCUUGCAAUUACUCUUCUUUAUCACGUCCUCCUCCGUCGCCGCAGACCACUCCGCCACUAAUUUCAUCGGCCAUGGCCGACUCUCCAACGAUGAGAAGCUCUACAUCAAGCAGCGUCAGCUGCUUUACUACAGAGACGAGUUCGGCGACAGAGGAGAGAACGUCACCGUCGAUCCUUCCCUGACCUUCGAGAACGACCGGAUCAGAAGCGCCUACAUCGCUCUACAAGCAUGGAAGAACGCCAUUCUCUCCGAUCCCAACAAUCUCACCACUGACUGGGUCGGAUCCAAUGUCUGCAAGUACACCGGAGUUUUCUGCGCUCCGGCGCUCGAUAAUCCCAAGAUCCGUACCGUUGCCGGCAUCGACCUCAACCACGGCGACAUCGCCGGAUACCUCCCGGAGGAGCUCGGUCUUCUGGUGGAUCUCGCAUUGUUCCACAUUAAUUCGAAUCGGUUCUGCGGUACUGUCCCUCACAAGUUCAAGGAACUGAAGCUUCUCUUCGAGCUGGAUCUGAGCAACAACCGGUUCGCCGGAAAGUUUCCCGAGGUCGUUCUUAAGCUUCCGAGCUUGAAAUUCUUGGAUCUGAGGUUCAAUGAGUUCGAAGGGACGGUCCCGAAGGAGCUUUUCGACAAGCCGUUGGACGCGAUUUUCAUCAACCAUAACAGGUUCGUGUUUGACCUUCCUGAUAACUUUGGGAAUUCUCCGGUUUCGGUGAUCGUCCUGGCGAAUAACAAGUUCCAUGGUUGUGUCCCGUCGAGCUUGGGCAACAUGACGAACCUCAACGAGAUUAUCAUGAUGAACAAUGGGUUCAAGUCCUGUCUCCCGCCGGAGAUUGGGUCGUUGAAGAAUUUGACGGUGUUCGAUGUGAGCUUCAACCAGUUGUUGGGGCCGAUUCCGGAGAGCUUCGGAGGGCUAGUGAACAUUGAGCAGCUCAAUGUGGCGCACAAUAUGUUGUCGGGGAAGAUUCCGGCGAGUAUCUGCUCGUUGCCGAAUCUGCAGAACUUCACGUUCUCGUACAACUUCUUUACCGGAGAGCCGCCGGCGUGUCUGGGAUUGGAAGGAUUCGAUGACAGGAGGAACUGCCUACCCAAGCGGCCGGCACAGCGCUCCGCCGGGCAGUGCAAGGCGUUCUUGUCUCGCCCCGUGGAUUGCGGUUCCUUCAAAUGUAAACGCUUUGUUCCUUCUCUGCCUUCUCCUCCUCCGCCUUCGCCUCCGCCACCAGUUGUCAUUCCAUUGUCACCACCACCACCGGUCUACUCUCCUCCGCCGCCACCUCCGCCUCCUCCACCAGUUCUCUCUCCUCCGCCUUCUCCUCCACCACCAGUUCUCUCUCCUCCGCCACCUCCGCCUUCUCCUCCACCACCAGUUUACUCACCUCCACCGCCACCGCCAGUUUACUCUCCACCACCACCACCACCAUCUCCACCCCCGCCAUCUCCGCCACCUCCAUCUCCACCACCACCAGUUUACUCCCAGCCACCGCCAUCUCCGCCACCGCCCUCUCCACCACCACCAUCUCCUCCGCCGCCAGUGUACUCCCCACCUCCACCGCCACCAUCACCAACUCCAACACCUCCCUACUGCGUCCGCUCUCCUCCACCUCCGCCACCAAAUUCCCCACCGCCACCGCCUCCUUUGAGCUCUCCUCCACCUCCAUCUCCUUACUACUACAGCUCACCACCACCGCCACCUCACUACUCACCGCCACCGCCCCCACAUUCCCCUCCGCCGCCAAUUUACCCAUACUAUUCACCACCACCUCCGUCGCCAGUACAUCACUCGCCACCACCUCCUGUCCACUCCCCACCGCCACCAUCACCACCUCCUUGUAUAGAACCACCACCGCCUCCUUCGCCUCCGCCAUGUGUAGAGUACUCACCACCACCACCCUCUCCGUCGCCACCACCUCCUACAGUUUACUUGCCACCGCCAUCACCAUCGCCUCCACCUCCUCCAGUGUACCACUCUCCACCACCACCACCAUCACCUCCGCCACCGCCACCGGUUCACUACAGUUCUCCGCCACCACCGGUCCACUAUAGCUCCCCACCACCACCAGUUCAUUACAAUUCUCCGCCACCACCAUCGCAAUCUCCGCCGCCGCCACCGCUUCCUUGUGAGACCCCACCAUCAGCAUCACCACCACCUCCACCGAUUGUUUAUGAGAGCCCGCCACCUCCGGCUCCGGUGUAUGAGGGGCCAUUGCCACCAAUCUACGGAGUAUCAUACGCGUCUCCUCCGCCACCACCUUUCUAUUGAUUCUUUUGAGAAUUUUCAUCCUCUAACCUUUGCUCUAAAGCACCCAACAUGAUUUAUCCAAAAAGAAAAAAAAAAAAAAAAGUUGUUUAGGGACCAAAAGUUCUAUAAUUUUUUUUUUCUUUUACUACCUCUUCAUGUGCUUCACCAUUAUCAUUAAGUCCUCUUUGUCUUUUGGCAAUUCUCGUCGCCUCACCGGAGGAGGAAGAAGAAUAAAGUGGGUUUUCUGUUCCUGUGGAUUAUCAACAACAAUACUGGUAAUCAUCAUUUGUCUCUAUGAGGAUGUCUUAUUCAUUUGUAAAACAAGAGAAGAGGUGGGAAAAAAAAAAAAGAAAAAAGAGAGAGGUAAGAGGAGAAAGGUCUCUCCCAUAUUUAUUUGAAUUGUUAUGGAUAUUUGAGUUGUGAAAAAUAAAAAUGGCAGAGAAAAAAAGAGUUUUUAGGUUGCAGAGAAUGUGUAUGUAUAGGCAUCAUGAAUUUGGAGACCAUAAUAUUCAGGGGCUACAAGGGAUAGCAGCAUUAUCUUCAUCAUCCUCAAUCUUCAUCACCUUCUGCUGCUGCUGUUACUUGUUUUGUGGGUUUUUUAUUUUUAUUUUUAUUGUCAUUAUCUCUUCUAUAUCAUACUUUUGUUUCUUCUUUUGAUUUCCCAAUUUAUAGUAUAAUCAUGAACCAUUUUUACUUGUAUUGAUUCCACAUUUUUACUUGUCA